AUGUUUGUGAAGCCGGAAAACCUGGAACUGAAGGAGGAGGAAGCGCUGCUGCUUGGAGCCCGCUCGCCGCCCGCCUCCUCCUCUUCUUCCUCUUCCUCCUCCUCCUCUCUGACGCAGUUCUCGUCCGGCUCCGAAGGGGAGGACGAGGAGGAGGAAGAGGCGUCCCAGCCCCUCUCGCCCUCGGGGCCGGCGGAGGGCGUCCCCGGAGCGGCUUCCGAGCUGGCUCACCUGCGCCACCUGGGCCUGAGACGCCACGACUGCAAGCGGCGCUCGACGGGCCGGGCCCGGAGCGGCUCGCGGGCAACCAAGACGGUGGAGACCGUGCAGCGCCUGAAGAAGAGCCGGCGCCUGAAGGCCAACAACCGCGAGCGCAACCGCAUGCACAACUUGAACUCGGCACUGGACGCCUUGCGCGAGGUGCUGCCCACCUUCCCCGAGGACGCCAAGCUCACCAAAAUCGAAACGCUUCGCUUCGCGCACAACUACAUCUGGGCGCUCAGCGAGACGCUCCGUCUAGCCGACCACGGCGUCGGGGGCGUCGGUGGGGCGGCCGUGGCGGCGGCGGCGGCCGCCUUCUCGGAGGCGGUGCUGGGCAGCGCCGACGGCAGCCCUUCGCCAGCCUCGUCCUGGAGCUGCACCACCAGCCCGGCCCCGUCGGCUGCCUCCUCUUCUUCUUCGACGUACAGCUGCACUCUGUCCCCCUGCAGCCCUGGGGGCAGCUCCGCCUCGGAGCUGGACUACUGGCAGCCGGGCAAGCAGCGCUACGCGCUGUCCAGGGACCUCAUCUGA